AUGGCCUUCACAACAAUCCUCACCUUUACCCUCGUCCCCGUCCUCGUCUUCGUGUUAUGGCACCUCACCUCGACAACUCUCCCACCCGUGCCCGCCCACCUGCGCAACAAGCGCAUCAUCCUGCUGAUCGCCCACCCGGACGACGAGUCGAUGUUCUUCUCCCCGACCCUCCAAGCGCUCACGCACCCCUCGCUGCAGAACCACUUGAAGAUCUUGUGCAUGAGCACCGGCGACAGCGAAGGACUAGGCGCAACUCGCCGUGUCGAGCUCGAGAAAGCAGCCGUAACACUAGGCGUGCGCCGGAAAGAAGACGUAUUCGUGCUCGACGACGAGCGGUUCAAAGAUGGCAUGACCCAAGACUGGAAGGCCGACGACAUUUCACGUGUGCUAGCCAGCGCCUUUGCGCCGCAUGUCAUCGGCCCGUCCACCGCUUCCACGGCGCCCCCGAGCAAACAAUCCCUGGACUCCUGCUCGGACAAAGAAAAAGAGAAGGAGAAAGACAAGGACAAGAAGAAACCCACCAAAUCGUCACCACCAUCCUCGAAACACACAAAAUCCUCCUCCCGCACCCUGCCCUCCACGUCUCCGCCGGCGCCCAAAGAGCCCGACGGGCCCCGAGCCACCAUCGACGUGCUCAUCACCUUCGACCCGCACGGCAUCUCGUCCCACCCGAACCACAAGGCGCUCUACCACGGCGCCGUGCUGUUCGUGCAGAAAAUCAUGCGCGGCUACAGUGGCUACGCGUGCCCCGUGUCGUUGUACGUGCUGCCCUCGGUCAACAUCCUGCGGAAAUACUCGUUCAUCCUGGACGCGGUGCCCACGCUCCUCAGCGGCAUCUACGCGUCCACGUUCGGCAAGGUGCUCGGGGGCGGGAAAGCGCGGGGCGGCAAGGACGAGAGGGUCGUCUUUGUCAACGACAUCGUGCGGUAUUGGAAGGCCCGGGAGGCCAUGGUCAGCGGGCAUCAGAGCCAGAUGGUGUGGUUCCGGUGGGGCUGGAUCGGCCUGGGACGGUAUAUGGUUGUCAAUGAUUUGAGGAGGGAGAGGGUCAUCGCGACGUGA